UCUCGUUUGAUGCUAAUUGAAAAAUGGGGGAAAGAUAAGAGCUAGAAAACUGAAGGCGGAGUUCUCAUUCUUCAUUCAAUCCUAAGUCCAACUCUACGGGAAGAUUCACUCGGGAGUCGUUUCCAAAACCCUGCAAUUUUCAGUAUCCAAUUGCAAAACCUGAGAUUCGAAGCGCCCUUCACUUGGCUUCCCAUUGAUUUUUCCGACUUUGCUUUCUGAUUAUUGGGAUGAACAAUAUGGCUCUUUCAAUCUCAUGUUCCUUAAGUAUCUCCUCAAGCAGCAACAAAGUUCAUUCUAAAUUAUCAUCCCACCAGACUUCAGCUUUCACUUUGCAUAAUUCUAAAUCUUCCAUGGGUAGGCUAGUUCUUACGAGAAAGCAAUCACAUAGUGUUUUCUCUGUAAGGGCUACCGCUAUAAGCCAAGAAGCUAAAAAGCAACCCAACUUUGUUUCCGAUCAAGCUAUUGACAUUCCUCUCGAACGAAAGAAAGUUAUGGUUAUUGGUGGGGAUGGUUAUUGUGGAUGGGCAACUGCUCUCCAUUUAUCAAACAAAAACUAUGAAGUUGCAAUCGUUGAUAGUCUUGUUCGUCGUCAAUUUGACAAUCAACUCGGGCUCGAUUCGCUAACUCCCAUAUCCUCCAUUCACAACCGAAUAUCUCGUUGGAGAUCCCUUACAGGGAAAUCCAUCGGUCUCUACAUUGGCGAUAUAUGUGAUUUCGAAUUCUUAUCUGACGCCUUCAACUCGUUCCAGCCUGACGCCGUUGUCCAUUUUGGAGAACAGCGUUCGGCUCCUUAUUCUAUGAUCGACAGGUCGAGGGCGAUUUUCACUCAACAUAACAAUGUAAUUGGAACCCUGAACGUUCUCUUUGCGAUUAAGGAAUUUCGGGAGGAUUGUCAUUUGGUGAAACUUGGAACGAUGGGAGAAUAUGGAACCCCUAAUAUAGAUAUCGAAGAGGGUUAUAUCACGAUUACUCAUAAUGGAAGAACAGAUACCUUGCCUUAUCCAAAACAAGCGAGUUCUUUCUACCAUUUGAGUAAAGUUCAUGAUUCUCAUAACAUUGCUUUUACUUGCAAGGCUUGGGGGAUUAGGGCUACUGACUUGAAUCAGGGAGUGGUUUAUGGGGUGAGGACGGAUGAAACUGCCAUGCAUGAUGAGCUCUGUAACAGGUUGGAUUAUGAUGGAGUGUUUGGAACUGCUUUGAAUCGUUUUUGUGUACAGGCUGCUGUUGGACAUCCACUUACUGUGUAUGGUAAAGGUGGUCAGACAAGAGGAUAUCUGGACAUAAGAGACACGGUUCAGUGUGUGGAGCUGGCAAUAGCCAACCCAGCUCAACGUGGAGAAUUCCGUGUCUUCAACCAAUUCACAGAGCAGUUUUCAGUGAACGAACUUGCAGCUCUUGUAACAAAAGCUGGAAAGAAACUAGGGCUGGAGGUUGAAACAAAAUCUGUACCAAAUCCAAGGGUAGAGGCCGAAGAACACUACUACAAUGCCAAGCAUACUAAACUUAUUGAAUUAGGGCUUCAACCACAUCUUCUUUCAGACUCUUUGCUCGAUUCCCUCCUUAACUUUGCAGUCCAGUUUAAGGACCGUGUUGACACGAAACAGAUCAUGCCUAGUGUUUCUUGGAAAAAGAUCGGCGUCAAGCCCAAGACUGUUGCAGCUUAAAAUUCCAGAAAAAAGAUGAUGUUCUUAUGAGAUAGUUUGUAAACAAAAACAAGAAUAUGCUGGAUUACUUUGUUGAUUCAACCCAGCAAUGUCAAGUCAGAGUAGUGAGAAGAGAUAUUUGAAGGAUUUGUAUCUUAUUGAUGGAAAAUAAUCUCAUAUAAGUUGGGUUUUAAUGGUGGGAUGUUGUGCAGUAGUGAAAUGAAUCCCAUUCAAGUUGUAGCUUUUAUAUUUUUUUUAUUGUCAUGA